ACUCCCACAUUUCAACGCCCCACCUAUAAUUCAACUCAACUCAAGACAUAAUUAGGGUUCUUCUUGUACUAGGCGGCAAAACCAAAUUCAAGAAUCCUGUAAGUUUUCCUUGAGCCAGGUGGAGCAAGGAUGGUUAACCCACAUUUUGAUGAUACCAUUAAGGUCAUUGGGCUGGAUGCUGAUGGUAAAAAGUAUGACAAAGUUUCACGUGUCCAAGCACGAGCCGAGGAAUCUGGUAUGCACAUUGUGCUGGAUGUAAACUCACAGUUGUACCCUAUGCGGGCCGGAGAGAAUUAUAGGAUGGUCUUGUCUCAAACUCUAAAUGAAGAUGGCUCAGCUGCUACCACCAAUUCUGAUGGUAACAAAAAAUCACUUGCCGACAGAUUCGAGUAUGUCAUGCAUGGGCUGUUAUACAAGAUCUCAGACGAUAAGAACCAGCAAAGUGGUCAAGUUGAAGUGGCUGUGUACAUAUCGUUUGGAGGGCUUCAGCUGCUGAUGAAGGGCGCUCCCGAGAAAAUGGCUAAAUUUAAGGUUGAUCAAAGGCUGUUUCUUCUUUUGCUGAAGGAGUAAAUGUGUUUCAGCUUGCUUGGGUGCUAGUUCCUUAGAUGAAACUUUGCUUUUUAAUCAUUAUCGUUUAUAUCUGUGUGAACUCUGUUUGCUGUGAUCACUAUAUGGUCACAUGACACAUUGAUCUCUAGGUUUUUAUUAGUGAGAUUUCUUAGUGUUUA